AUGCGGCGUACGUUGGCCCGUUUUCUUCUCAAUGUCUCGAAUGAAAGUCCUUCUUUCCGGGCGAAGCCGGGCAUGUCUCAUCCCCUCCUAGAGGCCUCCAUCAGCCCUUACAAGGAGCAGUUCAAGGAGUACUGGUCCACCCCAGUCCCCUUCGCCGAUCGCGAGUACGGGGAAAAGCCAAAGCUAGGCGAGCCCGUUCCCACCCGCCGCGCCGCCACGGCGGUGGUGGUUGCCAAAAACCGACAUAUCGACCCCGAAACCGUGCAAGCCGGGGGGGAUAACGACUACAAGAUUCUGAUGCUCUUCCGAGAAAGCAAAUUGCGUUUAGCGAAGGACCAGUUCGUCCUGCCCUCCUUCCCGGUAUCCAUUGAGGAUAGUAACGAGGACUGGCAGAAGAUUCUGCGGCGGCGCGGCGUCACCUCGCAUUGGCCGGAUCUGGCGCAUCGCCUCACCGCGAUGCGGGCGUUAUUCACCUUCACCAACCUCUUAGUAAUCCCGAAAGAGGGGGGUGGAUUAGCGGAGGUUGAGGGUCCCCCAGGCCCGGGGAAAUGGCAUCUGAUCGUCCAUUCGAGGCCCAAGGCGAUGAAAAAUUUGGUAGAUAUCUUGGAAUUACCCAUGGAGACGUGUCUCUCGCAGUUCCUUCCGUUUCGAAACAUCAUCACCCCGACGACGGAAACCUUUCGGUUCGACAACUUGGUCUACCUGAUUCCGUAUGAAAAGAUCCCCGACGUGCAGCACACCAUCACCACCGUGGGUGAAAAGCUGGUGUGGGUCUCGCCGAUGGAAGGGAUAGCGCGUUUUAACGCCGGAAUUAUGGAGAUGCCCGCGCCGAACGUCGUGAUUAUGUCCGAGCUCGCGAAUGAAUGCCCCACCUUCGAGGAUGUUUUGAAGCGAUCCAACCGCGCCCCGCCACGGGCGGUGCAACCGGAGCUUUACCACCACGGCCAGACGAAAGUCGCGACGGUGCUCCUCCCGGGGGAUUUGUUUCACGCCCAGACCACCGAGGAGGACCGCCGUGCGCGGUAUGUACGUCGCUUCGAGUACGAAAAAGACUACCCGUAUGGCGUGCGGGCGGUCUUUUCGGAGCGCCCCGCGACCCCAGAGGAGACGGCGGAGCCCUUGGUCAAAGAUACCCCGGCCCUGCUGGAGGAGGCGAAUGAGAACGAUCUGGCUUACGCAGAUGUGGCGUACCCCGUCCGGAAGCGAGAGGAGCUGCGCGAUGGGCAGACCCUCUACCGCGUCCCAGAGUACGCGUUUCACGAUGGGAAGGAGGACGAAGACGGGUUCAUCCCAUCCAAGGGUAAUUACAUGAAUAUUUUACCCGAAGACACCUAUUCCAAGAUGAAAUAG